ACAGCGCAGCGCGUCAUGACUCUGAGCUGUGAUCAGCAACUUCGGCACCAAACUUUGCGUUGGCGGGACAAACAUCGAUCAUGGCUCUAAAACCCAACAUUUGUAUUAUUGUGAUGGACAUUUGAUCAAUUGUAAAUGAGAUGUGGAUGUAUCAUAAUGCAGUGACCUGUGAGAUUUUUUAAGGUGACUGCAGUGAUGGAGAGCCCUUCCAAGAUUGACAGGCGACAGGCGUGGGCGCGCAGCAGCCGCCGCAAGCUUACCUUAAGAGAGGGAACCCCAGCAGCAGAUGCAGGUGAUCCUCUUCCUCAUUUGUCCCUCCAGGAUGACGUCUUCAUGGAAGGAUGCUCUGCAGGAAAGAUUGAAACCUGGCUUCAAGGUUGUGGGAAUGAUGUCGGUCAAGCGAGAAACAGUCACCUGAUGAUAGGUCCUGUGAGGACAGGUAUCAGCUUUGAGGAUGAUCUGAGUCUGGGUGCCGAAGCUACUGCAUUGUAUAAUGCAUUGGAUGGGAAUCGGUUUAGCAGCACACCUAAACAGAAACUUAACCUUCCAUUGUUAAACAUGGGCCAGAGCAUCGCAUCCAGCGCCCUCUCCAACGCUACCAGCAGGACUGUUUCCAGCGUGUCUGAGGUUCUCCAGAUGCGAGCCGAAGAUGCUGAAGAUACUCUCUUCCAGCUUGGUUUCGGUUGCGAAGAACUCCAGGUGACCUCCCGCAUCCCCGUUCGAUUCUUUAACUUCCCGUCUCACCUCCGAGGCAUCAACUUCCGACUGUUCCUCGAGUCCCAGCUCGCCAGGAUACACCAGGAAGACCCCUGCCUCUCAUUAGCGAGUCGUUUUCGACAAGUAGAGGCGUUGACGGCCAUGGCCAACGCUUUCUAUUCAUUGUACUCCCACGUAUCUCGGACGCCCCUUCAGAAGCUUGCUCCGCCCGAGCUCACCUUAAGUUCCCCCCUGGCGGAGAGAGCCGGGUCUCGAACCAGUGUCCGCAGCGAACCGCGUUCUCCUGUUGAAAGACUAAAAGACACCAUCUCAAAGAUGUGCUUGUACACCGGUUCCCGUGGCUCAGAUUCUGCGUCUCCGAGCACUUCGCCUCGUAAGCGGAAAGGCAGCCAGUCGGGUGUAACUGGGAACGAUCCGGCGACCUUGUGGAAUGCUGAUGACCCGUUUACAAUGGUAGACCUUCAAAUAGAGGAUGGUUCGGAAUUUGAUAAGGACUGGUUUGUAGAGGUCGGAAAAAACCUUGAAGAGACAGUUAAGGCCGAGAAAGUUAUAGAAGCUGUAUCUUCUCAGUCACUAACAUUAGAAUAUUCUGAAGAUAAAGUAAACAACGCAAUGCGUACAUCACUAGAGCAUACAGCAAUAAAUAACCAAGAAGUGAAGUCCAAAGGUUCUGCUUGUUUGAAGAGCAAGAGCGUUACCAUGGAACCCGUUCCUCUUAUUACCCAUGAUGUCAUUUGCCCUAAAGUCAUUGAAUAUGUGAAUCAGGCACCUUAUCGCUCCUUGGAGACAAACAAAACAGAUGUUAAAGACUCACCAUUUGCACAACCUUCCAUUAGAUGGUCAAACACAAUCACAUCACCAGAUGACCAGGCUGGUGCCGCACAUCACAAUCAGACCGAUGAUCUUUCAUCCAGACACACAGACGCCUCACAAAAGUCAUUAUGUCAAAUUACAGUCACCGGAUGGGAAGGCGACGUCGCCAAGCCCGACGAAGAUGCACAGGAGCCGUGUUCGUCCAACAUCCAGAAAUACUUAAGGCCAGUAAAACCACUGAACCAGAGCAGACUCAUCCAAUGUCCCACAAAAGGAAACUCUUUCGAGCUGGAGGAGGUAAACAGCGCUGAUGAAGAGGAAGCUCCUUCGUCAGAAUUCAGUCCCACAGUCACACUGUCCAUUUCAACACCGCACCACAAAUCUUCGCCUUUACGAGGGGACAGUUUUCAGUCGGACAGCAGUGGAUUUGCAGAAGAGGACGUGCCUCAACGUACAGUGAAGUGUGACGUCACUAAAGUAACUUCACAUGCUCAGGGCAUCUCAGCGUCGUCCACUGCUUAGAAGACCAUGAGGGAAUUUUUACGAUUCGGUCUCUCUCGUAAAAGCACAAAGACUAUUUUUUAGCUGUAAACUUGAAGAAUGUUAUUUUAAUAAAAUACGUUGAAGGACAUUCAGUGAGAAUAAAGGAAAGCGGGUAGCCAGGUUUUUGUAGAGAAGAGGCAGAUGAAGUCGGAAUAACGUUGACGAAUGAAUCAUGCACAGAAAAUUGUUUUUAGAAAGAGUUCCACAUUUUGAUGUGUGAACCAACUGCUGUAGCCUUUGUGUGAGAAAUAUUGUUAACAGUUGCUUUACUGAAAUUCUCUGCUGUUAUGUUUGUUGUGCUUAAAUGAGACAAAAGCAGCAUUAUUUGUCA